GCAGGAAUGGCGCCAUGGACUAUAGAUCUCAGGCGAGGGAAGGCAAGGACUACUGCAGGCACUGGAUGCACAGAGGCAGGUGCUAGUAAGAUUUUUCCUGACACAAUAUCAAGGACAAGCUACAGCAAGCUCAGAGGGAGAUGAAGGCAAUGGAGAAGAGACACAAAGAAGAAAUGGAAAGGAUGCGCAGGAUCCAGCUGCAGUACAGGCUGUGUGAACAAAAGCAGAUGGACACAGGCUCUGCAGCAGCGUCCUCCAAAGAAGGAGUCUCCCCUCUGCAGCCUGAAAACUCGAGCAUGGACAGUUCAUGCUGGUCAAGCCAGGAGAGAGAGAAGCAAUGCCUGAAGAUGCUGAGGAGCAUUGUGAGCAUGGCAGAUCCAGCAGAGAAAUACACUGGCUGGCAACAUAUUGGCAGUGGGGCUUUUGGCACCGUUUCUAAGGCCUUGGAUGCUGCCAGGGGACAAGAGGUGGCCAUAAAAGAACUUAAUCUCCAGCACCAGGGUGUCGAGGAAGUGUUAAAAGAAAUCCUGGUCUUGAAAGAAAAAAGAAACCCCAAUAUUGUCACCUACCUACAAAGCUACCUUGUCAAUGGGGCUGUCCUGCUGGUGCUGGAGUACAUGGACGGAGGCUCUUUAGCUGAGGUUGUCAGAAAGAAAAGGAUGGAUGUAGGACACAUAGCAACAGUCUGUCGCGAGUGCCUGCAAGGCCUGGCUUUCCUUCAUGCCAACCAGGUGAUCCACAGGGACAUCAAAAGUGACAACAUCCUUCUGAGCCGGGAUGGCGCCGUCAAGUUGGCUGAUUUUGGCCUCUGUACUUGGCUCACCCCUGAGCACAGUAAACGGAAGUCCGUGGUCGGCACCCCUCGCUGGAUGGCACCCGAGGUGGUGAGAGGAGAGCCAUACGGCCCCAAAGUGGACAUCUGGUCCCUUGGCAUCGUAGGAAUACACAUGGCCAAAAGAGAGACUCCUUACAUUCGUCUAAACAGUGCCAGGGCUAUGUAUCUGAUAAGCACGCAGGGGGCACCAGAUGUGCACACGCUCAGGCUGCCCGCUGCCUUGCGUGACUUUCUGGGCUGCUGCCUGCAGAUGGAUGUGGACAGGCGAGGCUCUGCCGAGGAACUUCUGCAGGUACGAUGCAAAGAGGCUGCAGGCCCACCAGCUCUUCCCUUGCACAAACUCCAGGACAUCAGAUGGGCCCCCUGUAGUGAUCUCUGCUCUGGGUGCUUUUCAAAUGGAAACCAAGUGGGAUCCAAGACUGACUGAGGUUAGAUGGGACCAGUGAAGGUCAUCUAGUCCAAACUGCCUGCCACUGGCAAGGACAUGCUCAAGGAGAUCAGGUUGCUCAGAGCCCCAUCCAACCUGACCUUGAAUGUUGCCAGGGGUGGAGCACCUGCAAGCUCUCUGGGCAGCCUGUGCCCCUGUUUCAGCACUCCCCUGGAAAACAGUUUCCACCUUCAGAGCCAAUCUGAAUCCACUCUCUUUGAGCUUAAAAGCAGUCCCCUUUGUCCUCUUGCAAUUGGCCCUGCUAAUAGAUGUGUCCCUAUCUUUCUUCUAAGCCCCUUCCAAGACUGAAAGGUCUCCUUGGGGCUUGCCCUUCUGCAGGCUAAACAAGCCCAAGUGUCUUAGGUAAUCCUCAGAGGAGAGCUCGCAACUUGUGGUCAUUUCUGAGGCCCCCUUUUGCUCUUGGCUGCUGUAUUCAGGUUUAGCUGCUAGCCAAGGCAGUGAACUAUUGCAGUGCUGGGGGUGGAGGCCUGCAGUGGGGCUUGAAGAACUCAAGGAAAGCAGUCCCUGCCAAGCGGUUCUACUCUGGUCUGUGGCAAGGCAAGGGCUGUGUGGAGCUGCCUGUGAGCCUCAGAGUGCACCCAGCUUGUCCCUCCUGGCCCACUCUUAGAGGUUCCUGCCAGCCAAACAGGGACAGCUGAGCAGGAUUUGUGCCAGCCCCAUGUGCUGCCUGGCCCGGUCAAGUAGAUGAGAACCUCUGCGGCGGCUUUGCUGCCAGGUUUUGUGGCAGACAAGGAGCUGGUGAGCGGGCCACUUCCUUGGCUGUCCCAGCUGUGAAGGAAGAUGCCAGCCAGCACAGGAGGGGAAGGGCAUGCCAAGGAAGACAUUGCUCUGCCUGCAAGCCAGAGCUGAGUCCAUCUGCGCUCUGCCGUUUGUGUCUGUCUGUGUUUCUGGGUGCUAGAGGAAUCCAGCUUGACCCUGAUAGAAGCUCAGUUUGGAAAAGGAUGCUUUCCUUUCUCCUUUGGCUCUUUACUUUCAAUUUCUUUUGUUUUUUCCCUUUGGACAGCAUCCAUUUCUCAAA